AUGCCCCAGCUCUCGGGGGGAGGCGGUGGCGGCGGCGGCGGGGGGGACCCAGAGCUUUGCGCCACCGACGAGAUGAUCCCCUUCAAAGACGAAGGUGAUCCGCAGAAGGAAAAAAUCUUUGCAGAGAUUAGUCACCCUGAAGAAGAAGGGGACUUGGCCGACAUCAAAUCCUCCUUGGUCAAUGAAUCUGAGAUCAUCCCAGCCAGCAACGGGCAUGAGGUGGUCAGACAAGCACAAACUUCUCAGGAGUCAUACCAUGACAAAGCCAGAGAUCACCCUGAUGAAGGAAAACAUCCAGAUGGAGGAUUAUACAACAAGGGCCCGUCCUACUCCGGUUAUUCUGGGUAUAUAAUGAUGCCAAAUAUGAAUAAUGACCCUUACAUGUCAAAUGGAUCUCUCUCUCCACCUAUCCCUAGAACAUCCAAUAAAGUUCCCGUGGUGCAGCCAUCCCACGCGGUCCACCCUCUCACCCCCCUCAUCACUUACAGCGACGAGCACUUUUCACCAGGAUCGCAUCCUUCCCACAUCCCAUCAGACGUCAACUCCAAACAAGGCAUGUCCAGACAUCCUCCAGCUCCUGACAUCCCUACCUUUUAUCCCCUGUCUCCAAGUGGUGUAGGACAGAUUACCCCACCUCUUGGCUGGCAAGGUCAGCCUGUAUAUCCCAUCACGGGUGGAUUCAGGCAGCCCUACCCAUCCUCACUCUCAGUCGACACUUCCAUGUCCAGGUUUUCACAUCAUAUGAUCCCUGGCCCUCCAGGUCCCCACACAACUGGAAUCCCUCAUCCAGCUAUCGUAACGCCUCAGGUCAAACAGGAACACCCUCAUACUGACAAUGAGUUAAUGCACGUGAAGCCUCAGCAUGAACAGAGAAAGGAGCAGGAGCCGAAAAGACCUCACAUUAAGAAACCUCUGAAUGCUUUUAUGUUAUACAUGAAAGAGAUGAGAGCGAAUGUUGUAGCUGAGUGUACUCUGAAAGAAAGCGCAGCUAUCAACCAGAUUCUAGGCAGAAGGUGGCACGCCCUCUCCCGCGAAGAACAGGCUAAAUAUUAUGAAUUAGCUCGGAAGGAAAGGCAGUUACACAUGCAGCUCUAUCCAGGCUGGUCUGCAAGAGACAAUUAUGGUAAGAAAAAGAAGAGGAAGAGAGAGAAACUACAGGAAUCCACAUCAGGUACAGGUCCAAGAAUGACAGCUGCCUACAUCUGAAGCAUGGUGGAAAACGAAACUCAUUCCCCACGUGCAAAGCCAAGGCAGCAACCCCAGGGCCUCUUCUGGAGAUGGAAGCCUGUUGAAACUCCAAACAUCUCCUCGGUCUGAGCAGUCGACCCAAAGGAGUCUUGAUGUCCACUUGACCCUGUGGUUACUGCUAGAAACAUUGAACCAUAAGGACAAUCACUGCCAAAUCCCUCUUUGCUCCUACUGCAAGAAUCCAGUCCUGAAAGAAAAGCAUAAGAAGAUUUUAAAACAACAAACCCCACAAAAUUGAAAUGCACAUGAGAAGGUUUGCAGGCUUUGGGUCAGUUGAGAAGCUUCUCUCCCUUCAUCUCUGCCUUGUACUUCCCAGAGUAUUUUGCAUCUAUGUCUCUGCCUUUUGGCAAGCACGGUAACCUGGCCAUGUCCGCCUGCCUGCUGCAACCACCUGGAGCCAACAGCCAGCCAGCACUCAAUCACCUGCCCAUCCCCCCAUGAGGAAUUUGUGGAAGACCUCUCCAUCUUUGUUUCUGUCUCCAUUGUUUUCUCUCUUCCUUCCUCCCAAACUUUUUAUUUAAUAACAGUGCAAAAGGAUCAAUUUUACGUUUGCUUCUUUUUUUUUAA